GGAUCUACUUGCAACCUUUCCCUCUCUUUGAUUUGUGUUCCUCCACCAUCAUCCUGACAGCACCCCUCUGUCUGCCUACUAUCCUUGAUCUGCUGGCUCCCUUUCCCUUCCUACAACCAGCAACACACUGAACUGAACUCCUAAAUCGGUGUCUACUCGUUCAUCGCUUGUACAAAUGCCUUCAUCACCUCCCCCAGAAUCCAGUGCUUCAAGUUACCAACAGAGAGCUCCAUCUCCCGCGCCCCGUCCCGGAUCUCCUCGUUCUACCACCCCAGCUCUCCGCGAACAGGCUACCGUACGGUUGGGCUCUCCUGUUCCCUCUCAUGGAUUUCCCACGGCUUCCACUCCAAGGCCUAGUUCUCCGGUGAUUGGCGCGUCGAAUCCGCUCGCUCAGAUAAAUUGGGCCGGUUCCGGUGGGACUCCUCCGAGAUUUGGAACCCCUCCGCGACUGGGCACUCCCACUAGGUAUGGGACGCCCCCGCCCGCAAAUUUUGGCUCCGGGUUUGGCAUAAAUAUUGCGAAUUCGUCGUCGAAACCGCCCAGUAUACAGUAUGGCUCGUAUGACUCACGGCAACCGAUUGAAGAUCCAGAGGUUGUGAGGAGGCAUUUGGUUACUGAAGAUCCGUCCAUUACGGGUCUGGUUGGGGGCAGCUCGUCUGGUAACCGGGGCACUGGUGGUGGGUUGGAUGAUGAGUUUUCGUCACUGCAGUUGCAAGGAGGGGAUGUCACUCGUCCGAUCUAUAGGUAUGUUGAAAGCAUAGAGGCGAGUGGGGGUAGGCGAAGCAGGUCACGGUCGUUCCAUGUGCCUCGCCCAGAGCCAGAGGAUGAUACCCUGGACAUCAAUAGCAUCAAGCAGAUUGGAGGAUUUAGAAGGAAUUACAUUCGCCGGAAUGAAGGUGCUAGCCCGACUGGUGAUGGCCAUGGAACCCAGCUUGGGAGACCGUUUUUGACCAGGAAUUUUAUCGAGUUUUUGACUUUACAUGGCCAUUUUGCUGGUGAAGAUUUGGAGGAUGAUGAGGCUUGGACGAGUGACGAGGCGCUGAUGGCGGAAGAGGGACGACGAGACGAGGAUGAGGAAGAGCCUGGUGAAGGCAGUGCGCUGCUGGCCGGCAGAGCUCGGACUUCUGGCAGGAGGAGGUCGAGAAGUAUCUCCCAAGGGACCGCUGGGUCCGGGAAGGCGGUACUCUUGCUUCUUAAGAGUUUCGUUGGAACGGGGGUUCUGUUCCUUCCAAAAGCGUACUCUAAUGGUGGAAUGUUGUUUUCCAAUUUGGUCCUGCUUUUUAUUGCUGCGCUGUCGUACUACUGCUUCGUACUGUUAGUGAGGACCCGACUGAGAGUAGCCGGUAGUUUUGGUGAUAUCGGUGGGAUAUUAUACGGGGAGAAGAUGCGGAUCUUGAUCUUGAGUUCUAUUAUCAUUUCACAAAUUGGGUUUGCAGCUGCCUACAUUGUGUUUACGUCGGAAAAUCUCCAAGCUUUCAUCCUCGCGGUAACAAACGGUGAAAGAUUGAUUGAAAUCAAAUACCUAAUUCUCACGCAACUCUUAGUUUUCCUGCCAAUGUCUAUGAUUCGGGAUAUGGCGAAAUUGGGGGGAACUGCCCUUAUCGCCGACUUUUUCAUCAUGCUCGGACUCAUCUACCUCUACUACUAUGACUUUUUCACUUUGGCCACUGAGGGUGUUUCUGAUAUUGUCAACUUUAAUAACAAGGACUGGACGCUCUUUAUUGGAACUGCCAUCUUCACUUUUGAGGGGAUCGGUCUUAUUAUUCCUAUCCAAGAGACAAUGAAGCAUCCCCACAAGUUCCCGAAGGUGUUGGGUGGAGUUAUGGUCAUUAUUACGAUCAUCUUUGUUAGCAUGGGUGCACUUAGUUAUGCUGCCUACGGUAGUGGGACCAGGACUGUUAUCAUCUUGAACUUACCACAAGACGAUAAAUUUGUUAAUGGUGUUCAGUUCCUUUACUCUUUAGCUAUUCUGCUGUCGACGCCGCUACAGCUCUUUCCUGCUAUCAGAAUUAUGGAAACUGGCCUCUUUCCUCGCAGCGGCAAAAACAACCCGUCUGUUAAAUGGCAAAAGAAUGUCUUCCGCUUCAUCACAGUUUUUCUUACUGCUCUCAUCUCUUGGGGUGGCGCCGAUGAUCUUGAUAAGUUUGUUGCCUUGAUCGGAAGCUUCGCAUGUAUCCCCCUCGUAUACAUUUAUCCACCUCUCCUACACAUGAGAGCGCAUAAUACCUCAAACAGCAUGAAGGCUGCUGACAUAGGUCUUUGCAUUUUUGGUAUCGUUGUUAUGGCGUACACAACCGCACUGACUAUUAAGAAAUGGUCGGAUCCAAAUCAAUAGUUAGGGUUUCCAUAUUUGCAUUUAUCUAGAGAAGUUCCAUAUCCUAAGCUAGAAGGCAGAUGUUGGCUGUUCACACGCAUCAAGUAGUCAUGUGUUGGGGUAUAACUAUCAUUCCUCCUUGCGUUUUUGCUUUUCUUUUAUGGUAAUCGGUUUUUUUCGCUUUUUUGGCCAGUUUCUUUUUGUCCUUCUCUCAUAACUCUGCCUUUUAUGAAUUCCCUUUCUUCCUUUUCCCUUCUUAAGGCGGUGAUGGUAGGGAGAUGGUGAUGGAAUAGAGGGUUUUUUUUAUGAUAUAGUACGGUUAGGAUGGACGGGCUUGUUGUGUUGGAGUGGUGCUGUUAACAGAAGAUCUGUGAUUUUUAGAUAUAAUUGUUUAUGGACCCUUA